AUGACAGGAAAGGAAAUCAUCCAGAAAAUGAAGGAAAAAGUAGGUAUAACUCCAUCCACGUCCGAGGCGGGAAAAGGCAAGAGCAAGAUGUCAAAGUACAUCACUCACGGUUAUCAUCUCGUGGAGGGAAAAUCGGGCCACGCUAUGGAAGAUUACCUUUUUGCCCAAUUCAAAGAAGUCGGGGACAACGAGCUAGGCCUUUUCGCGAUAUUUGACGGUCACUUGAGCCGCGAACCCGAUUUUUGGACCGCCACGGAGAAUGCUAUAAGGAGAGCAUACCGAAUUACGGAUAGCACGAUACUCGAGAAGGCAAAUGAUCUCGGGAAGGGAGGCUCGACAGCUGUCACGGCCAUAUUAAUCAAUUGCCACAAGCUCGUGGUUGCGAAUGUCGGUGACUCUCGUGCGGUGAUAUGCCGAAAUGGUGUGGCUAAGCAGCUUUCGAUCGAUCACGAGCCCGAAAUGGAAAGGGAGACCAUCGAGAACAAAGGUGGAUUCGUGACUAGGUUCCCGGGUGACGUGUCACGCGUGGACGGACAGCUGGCGGUAGCAAGAGCAUUUGGCGACAAGAGUUUGAAGGAGCAUCUGAGUUCGGAACCUCAUGUUGCAGUCGAUGUUAUAGAUGAUGAUACUGAAUUUAUGAUCUUGGCUAGUGACGGCAUUUGGAAGGUUAUGACGAACCAAGAGGCGGUUGACUGCAUAAAAAACAUCAAAGAUGCAAGAAAAGCAGCGAAACGGCUUAAUGAUGAGGCACUCGCGAGGCACAGCAAGGAUGAUAUUUCGUGUAUUAUAGUGAGGUUCGGGUAG